ACUAACAUCACCAACAGCGGCCUUCAAAAAGUCCCUGAUCUACUUCAGUUGACCAUCAAUGAGUCCUGAAACAGCAAAAGUUUCGUAGAGAUUGAUGACUAGUAUCUUAUCGUAACCUCAACUCCGCUACGUAUGCCUAUGCUGACGUUGACACUAACUCGUCGCCCUCACACUCUUGGGCGUCUUCUAUUGGGGUAUCUGCCCGGUCGACACAACCAACGAUGUUAAGCCAAGACCAAUGAUACUCAAUGACCAUAGCCUCAAUAGUUGAAGAUAUUUCGUCCACCAAGUCAGCGGCACCUUUUUUAUCUAACUCCCAGAUGAUUCCGCCCCAUCAGCAAAGUCUCCGACCGGAGAUUUUCAAGAUCUCUCCGCAAAAUGUAUAUAAGCCAAAGAGCACCAUACUCUCAUCGCAUAACAAUCACAACUUCACCUUCGAAUCUCCCUUACUCCCCAAAUAGCCAUAAUGUCAUCCAAGCUCUACGACGUCCUCAUCAUCGGCGGCGGUCCAGGCGGUCUUGCCAUGGCAUCCGCCCUCGCCCGCCAAGUCUACACAGCCUUGAUCCUCGACUCAGGCGUAUAUCGCAACGCACCUACAAAACACAUGCACAACGUCCUCGGCUUCGAUCACGUUGAGCCCUCCGUUUUCCGCAACAAGGCUCGCGAAGAUCUUGAAAAGCGUUAUGAAAGCAUUGACUUCAAAUCCACAACCAUCACCACCGUUCGAAAAGCAGACACUGGUGUUUUCGAAGCGGUUGAUCAAGAUGGAAAUGUCUAUCAGGGAAAGAAACUUGGUCUUGGGACGGGUGUGAAGGAUCUUGUGGAGGAGCAGCCUGAUGGGUAUGCUGAGUGCUGGGGGAAGGGAAUAUUUCACUGUCUUUACUGCCAUGGAUUUGAGGAGCGAGGUGCAGAGUCAGUAGGCGCCUUCGCAGGCGGCAUGCUAUCCAGCGCCGACAUGCUCGCGCACGUAACACCCAUGGCCAAACGCCUCUCCCACUCCGUAACAAUUUACACCAACGGCGACACCUCCUUACCCGCAACCAUAAAGACAAAAGUGCACAGCAGCAAAGUCCACUACGAUACUCGAAAGAUCACAUCCUUCGCCCUCAUCAACGGCGGUCCAGCUGUUAAAAUCACCUUCGAAGACGGCUCCUCCAAAACCGAGGGGUUCGUGGUAAGUCAUCCCAAUGUCGUACAAGCAGCGCCGUUUGCAGAGCAGCUUGGGCUGGAGAAGACGCCGACGGGUGAUAUCAAGGUUGAGGCGCCGAUGAAUGAGACGAGUGUGAAGGGAUGUUUUGCGUUUGGCGAUGCGGCGACUGUUAUGAGGAGUGUGUUGCAGGCGAUGCAUAUGGGUGGUUUUGCGGCUGUUGGGAUGGCGAUGCAACUGCAGCAUGAGUUGGAUGAGAAGGAUGAGCUACAUUGUGCUAAUGCAGCUGACCUGCCUUGUGCCUAUUGGUUGCCAUCUCUGCUUUUUGUCACUGCUUUUCAACACAAAGUCCCCGUACCGGUCGGUGUGUCUGUCUCAGUUGAGACUCUGACUAUCACAAUGCAAGGGAUGGAGCCCUCGGCAGAUGACUUCAACCUCUCAGCUACUUUUACCAACAAGAGUACACCGAGUGGAUAUCUCACCUCGUUUAGAACACGUACAGUUGCCAUGAUGAUCAAGUCUCUGGCCCUCAUCACCCUCAUCACCGCCGCUUCGGCGCGAAAGUGCACAAACAUCACAGUUCCUGUGUCACUUGACUCUCAAAAUGCUGUUUUCACAAUCGAGGCGCCUCUGACAGGGAUUGAAGUUACGAGUUUCGCUAUCAAUCUCGCACGACAGGGUGAACCAUCGUUUCCUGAACAGGUGCAAAAGGGUUUUACUACUGUUUCGGGUGACUAUGAACUCGCUGCUACAUACUGCGAACCAGAUGCUGGUCCUGGAAAGGAACUCCAGAUCAUGACGCAUGGUAUUGGGUUUGAUAGAAGUUACUGGGACUUUCCUUACAACAAUUACAACUACAGCUAUGUUGCGCGUGCGGUCGAUGAGCAUGGCUACUCGACUCUUACAUGGGACCGUCUUGGAGUCGGUGCGUCUUCCAAGGGAGAUCCUUUAAAUGAGAUUCAGGUUUACCUUGAGAUUGCAGCUCUCAAGGCACUCACUACCAAAGCCCGUGAAGGAUCUCUUGGAGUAGGAUGCAAAUACUCCAAGGUCGUUCAUUUGGGCCAUUCGUUUGGGUCGGUUAUCAGCUAUGCGCUCGCCAACGAGAGUCCUGAACUCACUGACGCUAUUGUCUUGACGGGUUUCACGCAAGCAACUGCUUAUUUGUCGCUAUUCGCAGUUGGAAGUAACUUUAUUCCUAUUACAGCUUCGCCUCUCGCUGACAAAUAUCCCGCUGGCUACGUCGGUGUGUCAUCUACAGAGGGUGUGCAGAUCAACUUCUUCGCAGAGGGCGACUUCGAUCCCAAGCUACUGGAGCUGGCAUACGAGAAGGGUCAGCCUGUGACGCCCGGUGAACUUCUCACGUUGGGAGCACCAGCUGGAAAGAAUAACACAUACACUGGACCUGUUCAGAUCGUGACUGGCUCACGCGAUGUUCCUUUCUGCGGUGAUAACUGCUACUCUACUAUCAGUGUAGACCCCAAGUUACCCUCAUUACUCGACGUAUCAAGAAAGUUCUUCACGCAAGCUUCUCGAUUCAACACCACUGUUGUUCCUGGUGCAGGUCACGGGUUGAACUUUGGAUACUCACACACCGUCACUUACAAUGCUAUCUUGGACUUUCUCUCCGAACUGGCUUGAUGCCCUUCCUUCGACAUUCCUUUCGCGUCACAUUGUUUCAUAUAGUAGUUACUAUUGCACAUAGUCCAGCUUGCAGCUAAUAUAUUUCAUUAUUUGUUCAACGGACCAUUAAUUCAUCCGUCAGAAUCCCAUCUCAAUUCUC